CGUGAGUGAACAGGCAAUGCUCAGUGCCCCAUAUCCCAGGUUAAUGCAAGAUAAUCUGAUCUGUAGUAUGAAAAAUAUAAUUUCAUAGAGAAGUGCAUUCUUUUAAGCAACUGAAGUGGCACUCCGGGACAUUUAUAACAGAUGCCAUGACUGCUGGGCAUUUAUCGUAUGCAAUGUUCCUGUUGCUACUCCUACACCUUCAAGCCACCUUGGCCCAGAUGGGGUUGCGCAGGGCAUCUUUAGCUUCGUCAGGGACAUAUGUCGGCAGCAGCAACACUAGCCAAAGUUUCUUCGGCAGAUUCCCUUGGCAAGACCAGACAACUAACCACUCCAGCAGAAUUGAAAGCUCCUUGGCAGCUAUCUUCCGUGGGGUUGCUUAUGGAGUGUCAAGUUCACUCUCCCCUCUGCCACCUUCCCAGCCUUCCACUACGACCACGACACAUGCAGCUACUACGAUUACCACUGAAGAUAGUACAACUUUCCGGACUCCAAGAGCUCCUCCUUUCUACCAAGUGCUACAGGAUGUACCAGCACGUGAUGAAUAUGAAUAUCUUUACCAGGACACGACCCCAGUGACCACUUGGGCAUUGGUUCCUGGAUUAGAACUAGAAGUGCAGCAGGAUGCUGUAAUGGAUCCUAGAGGAAUUAGUACCUUAGGAAGCUUACCUGUCCAGACACCCUAUGUAGAAGCACCUCUUGAUAAUGACUUGGGACGCACUCAUGGUAUUGGUGUGCCACGUAUGGGGAUAAACAUCCAAGAGGAAUGGGUACAUUCCUUAGGCACAGCAUGGAUAGUGCAUGUAUACUGUGCAGCAGGCCUCUCCAGUCUGUUAGCUCUAAUGGCACUUUUCUGCGUCUUUCGAGUACUCUCAGGCACUUAUCUACUGCCCCGGGGAUAUUACAUCACUGUGCAGCUGCUGAUGUUUCUUGCUGGAUUUUUGCGCAGCAUUGUACUCUUUCAUGACCCCUAUGCAGUGCAGCGCCUUUUACCUGCUACCCUAGCCGCAUUAGCAGAAGAGGCAGGAUGGCCCUGCCUGACAGCAGCACUGGCAGUAGUAGUUGUGGCUGUCGUGCGAGCAUGGCGAGGCUCAAGACGAAAACCUAAGAAACCACAUUUACCGGUCACCCUCGCUGUUAUAAUUUCUACUCACUUAUUUAUUUCUGUUACUAUUCAUUUAUGUGCUGCUGUCUUGCCAAAGCAUGCAGGAGUACUUAGAGGAGUAUUCCACAUUAUUACAGUAGUCUGGGGAUGUUCAGUUGGUUUGGCUAGUCUAGUGGCUUCAUGGCGAGCAGUACGGGUGGCGAAGCGCCAAUUAGCAACUCCACUUCGCCUAAGACAUUCCCAGCAAGACAGCUCCCGCAUGGUGUUCUUCCGUGGUGCACACCUGGUUCUUGUAACCUCUUUGUUACAGCUCCUUCUGGCAGCAUUGCAUGUGUAUGCACUUACCAACCCACGUGAGAUGUUGGAAAUACCACCUGCCCAUCCAUGGCAUUGGCUAGCCUUCCAGAGUGGUUGUCGUGUCACUGAAGUUGCAAUGUGGUUUCUUUUAGGCAUUAUUUCUAGCCUCACUGUCAGAGCGACUUCAGGAAAGCCAUACACACACGGAAGUGAUGGAUUAAUGUCUGCUUUCUCAUGUAGAUGUUGUAGCAGUGUGUGUUCAAGAAACAAGUUGGAUGGUGUGUAUCCUUCCAUGGGCCAGUCCAACCACUCUAUCAGAAACUUUACACUUGUAUGUGGGAAAACUGUAUUUGAAGAAGCUCUCACAACACAACCGCAGGCUGGUGACCAUAAACAUGUUGCCAUAGCACAUGGAACAGCACACAAUCAGCACAUUGCUGGAAGCUCAGCCACACUUCAGUCUGUGCCAUCAGAUUUUCAUCUCUUGUGGUAUCACACAAGGAAUGGUCCCCUUAAAAGUAAUGUGCCAAUUGACUCCUCCCGUCCUUCCUCAAUGCUCUUCAAUGAUGCCGGUUUUGUUAGGUUUCGCAUGCAAGUGGAUCCCCAGCAAGCUAUGGAGGACGUCCUUAGGAAAUCGAGCCACCACCUGGAAGAACUAAGCAAGAAGCAGAAUGACCCACCUUCCUGUGAUCAAAGUAAUAUCCUACCUUCAGCUAUUGCCUCUGCUACAACAACCACGACUACCACACAUCUUGAGCAAGAACCUCGCCAUGCUCUUGUAAGACUUGAGAGGGUGUAUGAUACUGGACAGCUGGAGCAACUGCUGCAGAGCCACUUGAACUCAGAACUGUAUAAUGAGAUAGCAGGAGAAGGAGGGGAAGGUGCUAGUGUCACAGAUUACAGCUCAACAGAUCCACUUUCACCUCUGCCUACAGGUGAUGUAGACUGGUCCAAGUAUGCGAGUACUUGCUCUUCUAUUAGUGCUGCCAAUAGUUUUGAUGUCCGAAUGUAUAACGACUUGGAAGUGGCAUCAUACUACUAUACACCUCCAUUGUCCUCUGGCUCUUCAUGCAUUUAUCCAUCCGUUCACCAUUCUCAUGCAAACCCACGCCCCUGCCACGUUCACCCAUAUGGAGAUGAAAUUGAUAAGAAUGGUUAUGAAACGCAAGCUGCAGAAGAGCAACUAACAUCUCUCCUGGCGCCCCAAACACCCUCAGCCUCUUCCCAAUCAGAAGUGCAUGUGGAUUAUCUCACUGACAUAUCACAUGACAGGCACACACAUGGCUCUGAUGACUCUGAUUUAUGCUCUCUAGGAAGUCGCAGUGAAUGGCAACAAACAAAUUACCAUGAACCUCACUGGGAGGACCAACAUCCAACUGCUAGGGAUUGGCAUGUGAGUCCAAAGGAUGCAACGCCAGACUCAGCUGUUGUAGUAGAUUAUGCUGGUUAUGCAGGUGAUGCUGGAGGGGAUGAUGUGGAAUUAGCUCGUAUGCAAGGUUCCCCUCGUCCUCCUGGUUUGCUCUCGAAGAUAGUUAAAAGCAACUUUUCACUUGGAAAUAAUGGAGGUUAUAUUGCACUUGGAACUGAGGAUGCCUUCAACUUUCCGCAUUACCAAAUCUUCCACAGGUACCAAGACAAUAUCAGAGAAGAAAGAGAGGUUCGCCCAUGUGAUCACCUACCCAGGAGUUUUAGCACUGGAAAUAGGACAACUUCACAGACCUUUAUUCCUUCCCAGAGUGCUAGGAUGGCCCCAGUACACACCGGGAAUAAGUCUACAAAAGCGCAGGUGCAUUUAAAAGACAUGCAGGGUGAUUUGAAAAGCAAGAACAGCAAGGAACAUUUUCAAGCUCAGGAACAGCUGGUACAAGACCUGGCAAUGGUAGUGGAUGGCACUACACAGACUGAUGGUGUUCAGAAAUGGAAUACCCCAUCACCACCAUCCUCACGUCCUGCUUCAUCUCUUGCCUCACAUUCAGACCUCCCAUCUGAGUGUGUGGACUCUGAGGAAGAGGAAGAAGAGGAUGAGGAUACCCAAGAAGUUGUCAGUGAAGAUGACGACCUUACCCCAGAAGUAACUCCUAGAGUAACUCCUGAAAUUUCCCCAUUAGAUAUAUGGACAUCUCCGACCCCUCUUCAGGCAGCAGUUUGAGUUACACAAUUUACAUUCCUUACAUUUUAUCACAGAAAUUUACACUUCCAUCUGAGCACAGUUCAGCGGCCUUGGUACAGUGUCUCUGUGAACAGCUUAAGUAGAUAGUAAAUAUUUGGGGGAUACCUACUACCUCUCACGAACACCUGACAGUGAUUAUAGACUACAUAGUGUCGAUUGAUGACAAACUGAAGGGGCAGAGAGCCAUCAAUCCUUUUUGCUCACAUGGACACUGUGUAGAUAAUGAUUUCAAAUAUAUUUCUACAACAAAAUGUAUUUCUUAAGGAAAUUGUUUAAUUGUGGCAAAGGAGCUGUUUACAUGUUAGGUGGCAGACCAAGUAUGUACUUAGAAGGGUUGACAGAUUUACGUAAUCAGUCGGAUUCAAGCCCUUAUUGUGAUAUGUGGUGAUUCAUAAUGACAUUAUGUUACAUGUUUUUUAUUUGGACAUUGUGCUGAGACUUUUUUCUGUAUAACUGCUCUCACCACACUAUACUCAUGACCAGUAAGUGCACAGUUGGUCGUAUCCAGAGAAACAGAGAAACGACGGAUGUGAAGAGCAGGAGAGACGACCGGAGGAGGGAGAAUAUCUAAUAUAUAUCUAAUAUAUAUAUCUAUCUAUAUAUAAAAUAUAUUUAUGCACACACAUGCACACACACACACA